AUGGCGUCGGCUUCGACUGUCGCGAGGCUAUCCGCGCUGGCAAGCCGUAGAGCCCCGCGAGUCCGACGACUGCCUCCGGUACGCCGGAUUCCUCGGCAAGUCCUUACCGUCCAGCGAGCACUCAGCACGUCAGCUGUACGAUGGGCAGAGGAGAAGACGAAAAGGGAGGGAGGGGAGGAGGGCGAAGGGGACUUGCCGCAGCAGCUGGAGCUGAAGGGCAUGGACCAGGAUUUCGCGCAGACUGCCACGCCGCAAGGACUGCGACAGCUCGACGAGCUGGCCAAGACGAACGGUUACGACACGAUUGACGAGUUCCUGACGUCGAAACUGAAGGAGACGCCUGGCUGGGCGUCCGAGGACAGAGCCAUGGAAGAGGAAUUGCUUAGGGAUGACAUUGGCGAGAAGCCCAACAAGUCAUCGUUCUGGUUUGACGAGGAUGACCCGGAAACCAAUACGGAGGAGCAUGAUGAGUUUGACGAGGACGACAUUACUUCCAUGGCGCAUGGCAAGCUGGACCAGGUGCGAGAGAUGAGACACUACACGCGACUGGCGGCUUGGGCCCCCCCCCAAAAAAAAAGGCCGGGACGAGUACUCGGGAAAAGGCACCCAAUACUAACUUCAUCACCUGUGGCAGAAUUCGCCAAGCCUUUCGUGCCCCCGAACGAGAACGAAGUCCUGCGCUGGCGAUACACGACCUACAUGGGCGAGUCGCACCCCGCUGAGCGAAAAGUCGUCGUUCAGUUCGCGCCCGAUGACCUCAAGCUCACGCCUGUCCAGACGGCCAAGCUGAAGAAGCUCGCUGGGGCCCGAUACAACCACAAGACGGAACUCGUCAAGAUCAGCUGCGAAAGCUACGAGCACCAGGCCCAGAACAAGCUUUACCUAACAGGCCUGGUGGAUGAUUUGAUCGCGGCCGCCAAAGACCCCAAGGAUACCUUUGAAGAUGUGCCCCUGGACCUAAGGCACCACCGUCUCGUGGAGAAGCCAAGAUUCCCCAAGGAAUGGAGGAUGACCAAGGAGAGGCGACUACAGUUGGAGGAGCAGCGAAAGGCGGCGGCGAUUGCGGACAUUGAACGGGCCGAAAAUGGAUUGCUGGUGGACGGCAAGCAGGCCAUUGACAGCUAUCUGAUGCAGAAGCUGAUUGAGGACCAGGAGAAGCAAAGAGAUGCAGAGAUGGUGCCCGCGGCCAAGGCGGGCAAAGGAGCCGGGCAGGUGAGAGCGAGGAGGUAG